CUUAUGUAGAUCUUCUGAAGAGUUAUGUUAAACAGCUUGAGAGAUGGUCAAAUUAAUUAUGGAACUACAAAUUGCUCAUCUGCAUAUGUUCCGCCUCAUAAUGUCGUCGCCCCAAUCCAUCAAAACUCCCUUAUAUCAACCGAACCUACUGCACCGGCGGUAUACCCAUGGAAUUCAAAUCCUCGACUUGACCACUUGUACGGCUUUCAUUCUAGAUAUUAUAAUCUCGACUUUCCUACUCCGUACCCACCAGCUACCAAUCAAUAUGUACCUGCAAAUAUGUACGGGCAAAACGUGCCUCAAUGUUGUCAACCAUGUUGUCGACUCAGGUCUCAAAAUAUACCAAAGACAUCCCCACCACAAGUGUUAUACAACCCCAUUCGACCCGGUCAGCAACUAAACAGAUCUUAUAAAUCAAAAAAGACUUUAAAAACACCGUGCUCCGAACAGUUCCUACCGUACAUUCCAAAUGAUUUACCUGUUAAAUAUGAUACACAAAACUGUUAUCAGCAAAAGUACAGCAACUCAUAUUUAAACAAUACAAAUUAUUGUCCUCCUGCUAAUAACUUGUGGAUUCCCCCUGCAGCCAAUCCUACUUGGCCUACCGAUAGAUUACGCCCUAUAAGUCGCUAUUCCGGUAUAGAAUCACAUGAUUACAGUAGAGACAAAAAUUACCAAAGAUUACCAAAUUAUCAAAGCAAACCGUAUCCAAAUUCUACGAGUAGCACUCAUAAACCUUAUAACUACAUUCCACCUAUACCCGAUGUACAUGACUAUCGGUCUUCGAUUUACCAUAAUCCAUUGAAAAACAAUACACCUGAGUAUGUAUCUCACGAACAAAAUUCUAGACUACCUAUUUCAUCUCAAAAUAAUCAAAAUUCAUCAUCAUAUUUACAACAAUAUUAUAAUGAUCAACCAAUGCAAUCUUAUCCAGAUGUACAAAGACCGAGUGAACCAUUUAGACCAACGCAAAUCACGCCACAAAAUUCUACUAAGAGUAAUUUGAAUGUCAGAGAAUUUCUAGCUACUUGGGACGAAGGAGAAGAAGAAACCAAUGAAAAGUCGUAUGAGGCUGCUGCACCAAUUGUAGUACUUGACUGCAUGACACUCGAAGGUGAUGCAUUGACUAAGAUUCAAGAAAAAUUAAAUGUUGUAUCUUAUGAAAACUUAGAAAAAGUACUUAAAGAAAAUCAAAACCCAUUAAUUAUUAAUACUGAACCAAAUGAAAUAGACUAUAUUAAUAAUAAAGCAAAAUUACCGUCGAAAUCGAAUUUCGAACCCCUAGACUACACGAAACGAGAAACGGGAAUCAUUAAACCAUUUAUUAAUGAAAAAAAAACUUUGCCAGAAUCAAAUGGAGAGCCUGAAAAAAGUUAUAGUGUUAAUUUUGAUGGAAUGGUCGCUUGGUACGGUAAAAAGAAUACUGAUAUUUCAUCUACAGAUCUCAUUGAAAGAUUAGCUGACAGAAUUUUCAAUCUCAGUAAAUCACAAGAAAAUGAUGGUGUAUCUUUUGGCACGGCAGCAUAUACCGGACAAAUAACUCAAACGAAUCGAUCUAUUGAUAACUCGAUCAAAGAUUCAUCAAAAUAUACACAAAGUCAACAGAUGUUCAAUUUACAUCAUACAGACAAAUAUAUUGAACCGUCCGUCAUAAAUAAAAUUGAUUGUAAUAAUGAUUCUACUCCUAGAAUCAAUUCUUGUAUUUUAAACGAAAGUAAUAAAGCAUCUACUAUUAAAUCUAACCACAUGAAUUCUUCGUGUAUUGUAGAAAAUAUAACCAAAAAAUGUUUGAACGUUACCAAUGAAGAACCAACACCAUGGAACAUCGAUCAAGGAUCUCAAGAACAGAAUUUAAAUAUGUCUUUAUAUGAUCACAGUGUUACUAUUAAACCGCUAGACUUUUCUUCUCUUACUGAUGAAACUAAAGGCAAUCCUUUCGUGUUUGAAAAGAAUCCGUCUAGUGUUGAUAAAUCUAACAACGGAAAUGAUGAAUUUAACAAAGUAUUAAAUGAAAACAGUAACUACAACUCCACGAUUUCUAAUGAUGAACCUUCAGUACAUCAAAUGGAUUCACACAAUAGAAGUUUUCCAGUUAUAGUAUCACCAAAUAUCCACAGACAAGAGUACAACGGAUUUCACGAAAGUGUCAUUCAGAGAACUGGUUGUGAUAAAAAUAAAUUUGAUAAAGUACCGACGCAAACCGAUUUUGAAAGCAUGAACUGGAAUAUAUCAAAUGACUUGGAUAAAAUUAUGAAAAAUACCAAUAUGAAUAUGGAAUCAUCUUGUUUGUAUGAUAGAAAUAAUUAUAACAUUUUAGAUAAUAUGAAUUCGGACAAAAACGUUUCGGCCCAAUGGAAGGAUAACGUGCCAUGUGUUGAUUUGACAGUAAACAGUAAAGCUAAUACUAAUCAUGAUUCGUUUUUUGACAGUUGGAAUUUCAUUGAAAGCUAUGAUAACCAUUCUAGUAAAAAAAUCAAUAACCCAUCUACUAAUCAUAGUGAAGUUCAUAAUCAGUUAUUUUCGAAUCAAAUGAAUUCUCUUGUAGAAUCUAAUAAUAAAAUAAACAUUUGUAGUGAAAAAGUUGAAAACGAAACACUAGCCACUAUAAAAGAUUUACCUUUUUCAAAACCUAGCGAUAUGAAUUCUAACAACAAUACGCGUUCGCGAGAUGUUUUCAACUUGAAUAAUCGAAUACCUGAUUUUAGCGAUGGGUUUGAGUUGCCAGUUAUAAAUGAACCACAUGAAUACAUACCAUUUAAGAAGCCGACUAACGAUAGCGAAAAUAGGACAGAUGGUUCGAUUUUCGAACACUUUACAGAAUCCAAGUGUAUUAGAACUACAAAUGAAAUGACAAAUGUUAAAAAUGAUCAGAAUAAGUCUGAUAUUGUUGGAUUACCAAAUUUUAAAGAUAAAGAGCCAUUAGCUCCUAUGGCUAUACCGCCUAAACUUAACGUUGUAAAACCUAUUAUACGAGACCCAAAUCAGAUGUACACUGUUAUUAAACAAAAGCUAAAAUACGAUGAUUUGAAUAUCGUUAAUGAUAGAAGGGUAAUAUCAAAUAAAACUGGACAUGGUAUAAAUGAUAAUCAAACAAAUAUUUUCAAUAUGGCCGAUUUGAAAUCGAAGUAUAAUAAUGUACAAUUAAAUCAAUUUGACGUUUGGUCAGAAAAAUUUGUACUUAAAGGUGAUUUGAAUCGUUCUUCUAGUGCUGUUGUACAGUGUGAUGUAGAAAUAACGCAAUUUAAAAGCACGCCUGAAAAUCUCAACACAUUUAUGUCGAAGUCAAAAAUAAAUGAAAAUUAUCAGGAAAAAAACACGAAGUUAUCAGAAAAUACAAAUGGUAGUAAUUUAACUACGAAUAAAAUCCAUAACACCGAAAAUGAAAAAAUUAACUCUACUGAUUUUUUUCAUUGCUUAGAAAGCACGAAAACUGAUGAUCAGAAAUAUCGAGAUACUUUGGACGAAUUUGAAACUUCAUUUGGUUUUGAUAUGCAUUGUAAUAAUGAAUCAAAUAAAUCUUUUAAUGAAGUUAUUGUUGAUAAAUGUUUAGAGGAAAGGAUUCAAGAUCAAAUUGGUGAACAUACCAUUAAUAAUACAGCUAAUUCAAAUAGCACAUCUAAUAACACUCGAUUGCCUUUUGAAUGUGAUUUUCAAUCAAACUAUUUAAUUAAAAACUAUUUUGAUGAAAAUAAAAGUAAAGAUGCUGUAUAUGAUCAAAAACAAAUCGAUGGCCAUGAAAAAUCAGUUCCAACGGUUUUUAAUUACGAUAGCGAAAUUCAACAUGAUUUUCAACUUCAAAGUAAUAAAAAUAUAAGUUGCAAUCAAAGUUCUGAAAAACAAUCAGACUGUAGCAUUUUAAAUGAUAUAAAUCGCAAUAUUAAUCUAAUUCGAAGUAAUAAUGAAAAUUGUAUAGAUCAACAUAAAUCAAAACACUCAUUUGAUUCAAUAGAAAAAAAUACCAAUAAUGGCAAGACAUCCAUGUCAGAAAAAAAUGUUGAUUGUUUAACUAUUGAAGACCGUAAUUUUAGGUUUGAAGAUCAAGAAAAAAACUUAUUAGAUUUAACAAAUUCUAAAAGAAUUAUUGAAUGUGAUUAUCCUACUGAAGCUACUGAAGUUAAUAAAAUAAAUGGCGAUAAUUCUAAUGUAUAUAAAAUAACCAAAACUUCAAAACAUUCGAAUAUUGAUUUUGAAUUAAAUAUUGAUGAUACAAAUAUUUUUGAAUCUAAUUCAUCCACUAUAAUUAUAGAAAAUGAAAGAGAAACUAAUGAAUUAAAAAAUAAUAAAAAUAAUCUUGAAUCAACAUUUCAUUCGGAAACAGUAAAAAAUAUUGAACACCAUAUUAAUAGUAAAUGUAUUUUUGAAUUGGAAAAUAAUAAUAAUGAGAAGUACCAAACUCAAAAUUUGGAAAAAAUACAUGAUUUUGAUUUCGAAACAAAGAUUAUUCAAAAUUUAGAAAUGGAAUGUUCCAACGUUAAUGUUCACGUAUCGACUAGUUCAAAAGAAACCUAUGAAAAUAAAAUAGACUCCGUGUACGAUUAUAAAGUUGUCGAUAAAGGUAAUAAUGCACAAAAUGAAAUUAAUGCCAAACAUUUUUCAAAUAAUCCUGAAAAAACUGAAACUGAAGAAACCUUAAACUUGGGUUGUAAUGAUAGUAUAGCACUGAAUGAUGUAAUUGAUAGAGAACAAGAUAAAAAAAAUAUAAUCGAUCAUGUUUUUGAAGAUUGUAUAGCAGAAAAUAAUAAAAAAGAAAACCUUGACUCUGAAGUACGUAAUGAUGUCCAUAAUGAAAAUACCGAAAAAAAUAAUCUCAAAAAAUUUGACACUCAAAAUAAUUCUAAUUUCAGUAAUAACACUAAAGUUCAAAAUGUUUUUGAAAACGUUUAUGACAAUUUUACAAAUUUCAACAUUGAAAAAGAUAACUUAAAUACUUCCAAAAAUUUCUGUCACAAUGAUGAUAAAUGUGCCGUCCCUGAAAGUCAAGAAAGUAUUGAAGACCAAAAUUUAGAAAUUGAGAAUACGGAAACAAGUUUUGGAAGUGAUAUGGAAAAAAAAACGGACGAAACAUUAAAUAAAUCAAACAAUCUACUUCAUGAUAAUUCAUAUGGAUCCAUAAUUACUGUUUCGUUGUCACAACGUGAAAACGAUUUGAAAGAAGAAACCAACAAAGUUUUAACAACAAAAGAGUGUAAUUCAAAAGAAUCGAAUGAAUAUACAUUUAAUAAAGAUAGGUCAUUUUUAGAUACUUCUAAUAAAACAGUAGAAUAUGAAGACACUACCAUGUUGGAAGAACAACAGAACACUUACAUUAAACAAAACUAUAUGGAGUUAAUAAAUCAAAACAAUAUUCAAACUAUAAAAAACCAGGCAGUUGACAUAGUUCAAGGUGACGUUACAAAGAACACAUAUGAUAAUAUAAAAUCCGAUUUAUUAGACACUAUAGAAAAUACAAAAAAAACAUUAGACAAUAAUGACGAUAAUGAUAGUCAAAAUAAUUAUUCUAAUCGUAGUUCAUUAAAUAAUACUGAAUCAAUAUACCAAAAAUAUUCAAGUGAUAUAACUGAGCUUGAUAACUUGACAUAUUCAGAACCUAGUUCGUUAAAUCAUUUGGAAUUAAUCUGUCAAAGAUAUUCCAGUAACAUCGUUGAAGUCAAAGAAAAAAUAAGUUCUAAACAUAGUUCAUCAAACAAUAUUGAUUCAAAAUGCUAUCAGAAUUUGAAUAAUAUUGUCGAGGUUGAUAAUUCUAUCAAUUCCAUAUCUAGCUCAUUAAAUCACAUUGAAUUAACAUAUCAAAAAUAUUCUAAAGAAAUUUUUGAGACUGAAGUUGCAAAAAAAUCUGAAUCUUAUUCAUUAAAUUAUGUCGAAUCAACAUGCCUACACAGUUCUAAUUAUAAUAUUGAAGUUAAAAGUUCGGCCAACUCAGAAUCCCUUUUAUUACAUAAGCCAGGAUUAACAUGUAACGAACACUCUAAUGAAUUAGUUGAGCAUUCAACAAGUACAAAAGGUUCAAAAUUAUCAGUUCAUCAAAUAAAUGAUGAAUCUUGUAUUAAAAAUACUGUUAACUCAGAAAAUGUUGAUGAAGAUAAAAAAUCACCAAAAGUCAAGUUUGUAUUCAAAUAUCAUUGUAAAAGUAUUAUGAAAAAAAAUAUAUUUGAUGAAGAAGUCAAAAAAUCCAAUGUCAUUAAAGAUGAUCGAUUAAGUACUAGACAUAUUUUUAAAAAACGGAAUAAACUUUACAAACCAUGGAAAUUAAUUUAUAGAAAAGAAUCUAUUGGCAAACCUCGAGAAAUUGUAAAAAAUACUAUCGAAACGGAAUGUUCACUAAUAAAAAUUAAUGCUGAUAGUAUUACACAAAACUCAAAACUUCCUAGUUAUAUUGGCGAAGAAAAUAUACCUUUGACUGAGUUCGAUUCAAAACAGUGUUGCGACUGUGUAACAAAUAAACAGUGUAAGAACAGUGUAACAAAUGAACAGUGUAAUGAUAGUAUAGACAAUUAUAGUGUUGCGAAUAAACAGUGUAACGAAAAAUUAGAUAUUGUCGAUAAUAGUGCGUUUGUCGAUGACCAGCCAUAUGAAGGGUUUUCUCCUGAAUAUAUUUAUACACCAGUUCCGUCACCAUUCGACGAUUUUCAGUCAGAAACCUCUACACCUGAAUACUGCGGCGAUAAAGUGUAUUGGGACAAAUCUUUGGAAAAUGAAUAUAAGACUGUACUGCAUAAAACAAUAUCAAAACUAGCUAAGCAUCGAGUUAACAUUAGAGACAAAUUCAACAUUCGAUUAUUGGCUCGUAGAGUGAAUGGUAUGAAACUAAAGAAACGGCGUCGACGGCAACUUGGUAAAAUGAAACAUGUCGACAACAACCUUGCGGUCGGCAACAUCGCAAUCGUCGAAUGUCCCCCGAUCGCAGUAUUACGGUGGAACGUAAUGGCUGUGAAAACAGCGGACCCAAUGUGUAAAAUCAAAGUGCAAUUACCUUGGGGCAGAAUAUUUAAUUUAAACAACCAGGGAGCUGAAGAUCAGCAGAGGACAAAGGAUACAAAACUCGAGUUGGGUCCGGCUAAAGUGGAAGUGAGAUUGAGUCAAACACCAAGUGAGUGGCAAGUUGCGACUUGUCGGUCCAUAGUAUCGCCCAAGUCAGUGGUGAACGUCAAACGAUUAGUACUACAGAGAGCGACUAGCUCUGCAAAAGACGACAACGAAAUUUUUAGUAGCCCCGUAAAAGACUACGACGAAACGCGAAGCCCUGCAGUGGACUGCGAUGUAGUUAGUAAUAGUUAUGCAAAAGACGGUGAUAACUUUUUUAGUAGCCCUAAUAAGAAUUACAACGAUAGCUCUAGCAGUCUUAAAAGGGACUACGAUGAUAGUUACAGUGGUAGUAAUUGCAACAGCAGUAUUACUAAUAGCAAUACCAGUUCACAACAGGAAUGUUUUCGAAAAUUGCCAAAAAUCGUAAUUCGACGAAAUGGACAGAACAACAAUUACACUAGUUAUGUGAGUGGUAAUGGAUUCGAGGGGGGCGACGACAAUAAUGAUGACACUCCUCAGUUGAUGGUUCGGCUAGUCAGAGACCGAAAAUUGGACGAAAUGGCGGCAGGUGGGGUCACCACUUUGCACCUAGGACACCUUGUUCCUACUUCCGAAUCUGCUGCAGACACCCAUGGCGUGAAAAGGGCUCGAUACACUUAAGCUACCAUCAGAAAAAUAUGAAUAAAAA